UUUUUUUUUAUGCUACCUGUAUGUUUUGUGACAGAUGAAAUUAUUUUUACGUUAUGAAUCUUAAUUUACGCCAUGUCGUAAACGAAAAUCCUAUAAACACAAGAAUGAGCUGCUGGUAUAUCGAUCGAAUUAUUUGCGGCCUAGGAGAGAUCCGUUUGAUCCGGAGCGGUCAGGCGAGCGUGUAAUCGGUUCAGCGAAGCGCGCGGGCGGCACGCGCAUGGCGGCCGGCCCCUGACGCCGCGCCAUGCGCGCCCGCCUCUCGCCUCGCUGUCGUGCCUCGCUCGCGCUACAGGCCGCGCCGCUCGCCGCGCCGCUCGCCGCGCUGCUCGCCGCGCUGUUCGCGCUCGCUGCUCCGGCUCCGACGCCCGAAGCUCCGCUCCUGAUUAUACUUCGUUCCGCAUGCCCUCUUGCCGAUCCGCAACUCUUCUCUGAGCACAAUCUCCGCAGCUACGCCGCUACAACGCUACGCGACGAUCUGCUCUCACGUCCGUUUCGUAUUCUGCCUUUCGACGAUACGUGCGGCGAGAACUCGAGUCGUACGAUAACGCGCAACUCCCUGGCUACAUUGGGCGCUGGAGGGAUGUGCGUGUACGUAGGCUGGCCCGGGGGCGAGGCCUGCACCGCCGCGUCGGCCGCGGCCCGCGCUCUGCGCCUCGCGCCGCCGGCGGCCUGCGCGGCGCCGGACGCGCGCGCCUCCGUGCUGGCCGUGCUGGCCCGUCGCUUGCACUGGAGGCGAGCGCGUCUGGAGCCCGAUGCGGCUGUCUCCACGGAAUGUAAGAAGGCCAUAGACCGAAUAGAAACAGCUCUACUCGCCGCCGGUGUGCAGGUACACCGAACGUCGCUCGAUGUGGAAGGAAUUAACAAUUUCCAUGUAUCGGUGAUUUGUAAGGAUCGAUCGAAAAAUAAGCGUAGGAAUAUUGCUCCGAUGCUGAUAAUUCUGCAUAUUAUAGACUCUUAUAAUGUCGCGAGACAAGAGGUUCCAUUAUCCACUCAAACUUUGAACAUCGCUAAUGCUACAUCUGACCUCGACCCAUAUGAGAAAACUUUGCCGUCGCCGUCGAGCGAGAGUAUCAUAGGCUCUCUUCAUAAAAAUAAUACUUAUAUUUUACGCGAUAAACCUUCAUCCAUAGCUUCUAAUACGUUGAAUUUGUCUCACUCUAAAAGUGAAUUUGUUAAUAAAAAUCAAUAUGUUAUUAAAAAUAAUGACACAAUUUCUUCUUAUUUAUAUGGUUUAGAUUCCGUUAAAUAUCUCAAAGCUAUUAUUCUUGUCGACAUUGAUUAUUACGAACCGAAUAAAACAUACGACAACACCAUCGAUACUUUAAGGUUAUAUUAUUCUGGUAAAAAUUACAAUAUAGAAAACAUCUUCCAAUUGUAUGAAAGCAAAUCAGUAAACGGAACACCAAUGUGGGUACGUAUCACACAAUUCGUAACGAAAUCAAAAGAGUCUGAAGAUUACAGCAAGAUAUGGGAGACCGAUGUGUCAUGGGAGAGGACGGUCGAUGUCGAUGUUUGGUGGAAAGAACACGUCGCACAACGCGUUGAAGAAAUGUACGAUAUGUCAAUAAUUUCUAUAAAAAGCUCAACGGCGACAGCGGGUAUGCUGUGCAUAGCCGGCGCGGCGGCGAUCGCUCUGGGCGCCGUCAGCCUCACGAUCUUCACGACGCGGCGGACGCUCGCCAAGCGAAUGCAGCGCCGUCCCCGAGCAGCGGUUAUUUUAGCGGCUGCCGACUUUCAAUUUCCCGCCGAUGAACAACGCAGAGUGGGCGAAGGAAUGGAGACCAUGUUGUCGUGGUUGCAGCAGCUGCACGACUUGAACGGGCCGGAGCCCGACAAACCGGACCUGUUGAAGCGCCCGACGACGGCUCCUUCGGCGCCUUCCUCCACGUGUAGCGUCUCGCGCCUCCCGUCCGACGGCCGAAUCCGCUACAAGGGUGAUCCCGUUCACAUGAAAUAUUUUCCAACUACUGUCCUGGAACUGAAACGAAAAGCGAUAGAUAUACUUUUGGUCAUGCAAAGUUUACGCCACGAGAACUUGAAUCCAUUCAUCGGGGGCCUGUGCGAGGUGCGGCCGGCGCUGGUGUUCGAGCUGUGCAGCCGCGGCUCACUAGAGGACGUGCUGGUGGCGGACGACAUCCGCCUGGACUGGACGUUCCGCCUGUCUUUGCUCACGGACCUGGUGCGCGGCAUGCGCUACCUGCACGGCUCGGCGCUGCGCGUGCACGGCCGCCUCACGUCGCGCAACUGCGUCGUCGACUCGCGCUGGGUGCUGCGCGUCACGGACUACGGCGUGUCGGCGUUCGCGCACACCCAGUCGCUACCUGUGCCUUUGAGGACGGCCCGCGAUUUGUUAUGGUCCGCUCCAGAGUUGCUGAGGGCCGGUGAAACGGCGCAGGGCACUCAAGCUGGGGAUGUUUUUUCAUUUGCUAUUAUAAUGCAAGAAGUUAUUGUGCGAGGAGAACCUUAUUGUAUGUUAGCGUUGACACCAGAAGAGAUAAUUGAGAAAUUGUGCCGGCCUCCUCCACUGAUCCGGCCGUCGGUGUCGAUGGGCGCCGCGCCGCCUGAGGCGGUGAACGUGAUGCGCCAGUGCUGGAGCGAGCAGCCCGACGUCCGCCCCGACUUCAACGGCUUGUACGACAUCUUCCGCCACCUGCACCGCGGCCGUAAAAUAAAUAUUGUGGACUCGAUGUUUGAAAUGUUGGAAAAAUAUAGCAAUAAUUUAGAAGAAUUAAUUAAGGAACGAACGGAGCAACUUGACAUGGAAAAAAAGAAAACCGAACAAUUACUCAAUAGAAUGCUUCCUAGAUCGGUGGCCGAGCGUCUGAUGUUCGGAUUGCGCGUAGAGCCGGAGGAGUUCGAAGAAGUGUCCAUUUACUUCAGCGACAUCGUCGGAUUCACGGCCAUCGCGGCGCGCUCCACUCCUGUGCAGGUCGUCGAUCUACUCAACGACCUCUACACUACUUUCGAUGCUGCUAUAGAACAGUACCGCGUCUAUAAGGUGGAGACCAUCGGUGACGCAUAUAUGGUAGUGGGUGGACUUCCGAUUCGCUGCACGGACCACGCCGAGAACGUGGCAACUAUGGCCCUGCACCUGCUGCACCUGGCCGGUCGGUUCCGCAUACGACAUUCCCCCGCGUCGCCGCUCCACUUGCGCAUCGGCCUGCACAGCGGAGCUUGCUGCGCCGGCGUCGUGGGCCUCACCAUGCCCCGUUACUGCCUCUUCGGUGACACCGUCAACACUGCGUCGCGUAUGGAGUCCACCGGGGCGGCGUGGCGCAUUCAGGUGUCGAGUGCGACCGCGGAGCGGCUGGUGGCCGCGGGCGGGUACCGGCUGCGCUCGCGGGGCCUUACGCAAGUGAAGGGCAAGGGCGCUAUGCACACGUAUUGGCUGCUCGGCAAGGAUGGCUUUGAUAAAACACUUCCGACACCUCCGCCUCUUGAGUCCGAGGAAGUUUUAUUUGAAACUGAGGCCGAAAAUGAAAGCGAGAUUUCUGAUGAGCCUCUACCCCUUCCCACACAAGCAGUCGAGAGACAGUGCUCCGACCCCUCAUCGGGCGGUAAACUAAGCUGGCAGCGGUCGGGCGCUGCGUCGGCGGACAGCUCGCCGCCGGCGGGCGCGCGCUACCGCUACCUGCGCGCCUCGCUCUCCACCGUGGCCGGCGCGCUCGACACGCCGCGCCUCUCCGAACGUCGCGUGACCAGCGGACCGCGUGUCCUACGGCGACAGUGGUCUCUGGAGCGCGGCGACGCGCUGGCGGCAGCGGCGGCCGAGGGGCAAGUCGAGGCCGCGCCGGCGCAGGAGCCGCUGGCCCUGCGCGCGCCGCCGCCUCGCGCCGCACCGCGCUACCGCACGCGCCCCGACGUGUCGCAGAGCAGCGACGGGGAGCGGUUAUAGCCGCCCCGCGUGCCCCCUCACCGCACCUCCCCUGCGCCAGCAACGCGCGCUGUCCCCACCAAUUCCCUGACAAUAAUAUCGACUUAUAAUAUUUUACAUAGGUACUUCGUUCGUUCGUAGUUCUUAAUAAAUUAAUAAUAAUUAAUGUCUUCGUGAAUUAGUGAUAGUCGAUGUCGAUUAUUUAUUUUUUUUACGAGUGCUCCUCAGAUUUAAAAUUUCGACUUGGUAAAACUUGUAUUUUUGAAAAUUUUCGAACUAAAA